AUGCAGCGUCUUCGUGCGUCUGAAGCCGCUGCAGCCGAGGCGGCAGCGGCGGGAGGGCAGGGGGGAGGAAGAGGUGAGGUCCAGGGGGGAGGAGGAGGAGUGGUGGAGAGUCAGGAAGGAGGGGUGACACCAGGCAGCGUAUCUGGAGAGGUGACCGUUGAAACCAGCCCGGAGCGGGAGGAGAUGAACGGGGGAGUAGGGGUGAGGAGAAGGGGGGAGGAGGAGAGUGUUGGAGGGAGGAUCCCUCUAAGUCCCUCCGUAGGGAUCUCUCCUGCUGCCACCAAUGAACAGCGCUCUCAACCUCCCAGCCAAUCAAAUGCCAGUUCCAAACCUCCAGGGGAGGAGCCAGAGAAGCCAGCCUUGAAGAAGACGUCAGGCAAAAUGGCUGCCGCAUUGGGCAAAACCAAAACAACCCCAGAGACCAAAACACUUCCUACCCCCACCGUAACCCCUGACAGCACCAAGCCCCAGGACCCCACCCCCAUCUCCGUCCCUGAACCCAAAAGAGCAGCAUCAUCGUUGCCUAGCAACGCUGAGAAGAAACAUCCGCUCUCUGUCGCUCCCGAGACUCCAACCACCCAACGGCGCAAGAUGGCCGCCCAACUCCACAACACCGGCCCAGGCCCUGCUGCUCCUACAGCUCCUGUUACUGCCUCUACCACUCCUACAGCUCCUGUUACUGCCUCUACCACUCCUACAGCUCCUGUUACUGCCUCUACCACUCCUACAGCUCCCGUCGCUGCCUCUACCACUCCUACAGCUCUUGUUACUGCCUCUACCACUGCUACAGCUCCUGUUACUGCCUCUACUACUCCUACAGCUCCCGUCGCUGCCUCACCCACUCCUACAGCUCCUGUUACUGCCUCUACUACUCCUACAGCUCCUGUUACUGCCUCUACUACUCCUACAGCUCCUGUCGCUGCCUCUACCACUCCUACAGCUCCCGUUACUGCCUCACCCACUCCUACAGCUCCCGUUACUGCCUCUACCACUCCUACAGCUCCUGUCGCUGCCUCUACCACUCCUACAGCUCCCGUCGCUGCCUCUACCACUCCUACAGCUCCCGUUACUGCCUCUACCACUCCUACAGCUCCUGUUACUACCACAGCGCCACCCCCUGACAGGAGGCCACCAGUGCAGGCUCCAGUGGAGGAGAAGAAGCAGGAGAUGGAUGAUAGGAGCUGGUGUCAGACCCAGCUCCCUGAGGCUGUAGCUGAGAAGCCUGCUGGACUGGAGGUUGGGGUGGGUGUAGGGUCCAUGGGGGUAGGAACUGGGGUGGAGAUGGGAGGGCUAGGGACAUUUGGAGCAGGGGCAGGAGCAGGGAUAUUUGGAAUAGGGGUAGGUUCAGGAGUAGGACCUGGGAUAGGGCCAAGAGGUGACGUGAGCCCCAUCGGUAGAGACCAGAGGGCAGACAGGCACAGUGAAGAGUUCAGCAUGUCCAGGGGGGGACCCAAACCGUCCGAGGGGGGUUACAGUUAUACCAUAGGGUCCCUGGGAAGCUCCCCUAGUCUAGGCCGACACACCAGCGCAUACGGCCAGGAGGUGGAGCUGGGAGGCUACGGGGGUUCCUACCACUCCUCUCUGUACGGCAGCGGGGGGGGGGGAGGGAUGUAUGGGGGCCUGGAGCACGGAGGGGUCGGGGUCAGAGGUCAUGGUAGUAGUACUGCUGAUUGGCAGAUGGACAGCGUGAUCGAACAGAUCGAGAAGCAAAUGGCGGCGGUGCUGGAGAAGAUCGAGGGGGACAUGCCCUCUCUCCUGGAACAGAUCAGUGACUGCCCCCCGCCUCCCGAACCCCCCCGCAGCACACACACCUCCCCCUCCUCACGCUCCCGCUCCUCUCAUCUCUCCGCCACCUCCUCCUCCCUCACCUCUACCUCUUCCCCCCCGCCCCUCCCCACCUCCCCCAGACCCCCUCUCCCCUCCCUCCCCCACCUCACCAUCCCCCCUCCUUCCUACCCGCCUCCCUCCCCACCCACCCACUCCCCUGGCCAGCCAAUCUGUGAGCAGGAGGAGAGAGAGGGACAGAUGGGAGCAGUCCAUUCUAGCCAAUCCCCAUCCUCCAGGCCAGGGAAGGGCCUAUAAGGUGGGUGGGUGGGGUUUGGAUCUAAUGAUGUUCCAAUAUCCACACUAGAACACCUCUUCUGUUCUAUAAUGUAUUCUAGAACACCUCUUCUGUUCUAUAAUGUAUUCUAGAACACCUCUUCUGUUCUAUAAUGUAUUCUAGAACACCUCUUCUGUUCUAUAAUGUAUUCUAGAACACCUCUUCUGUUCUAUAAUGUAUUCUAGAACACCUCUUCUGUUCUAUAAUGUAUUCUAGAACACCUCUUCUGUUCUAUAAUGUAUUCUAGAACACCUCUUCUGUUCUAUAAUGUAUUCUAGAACACCUCUUCUGUUCUAUAAUGUAUUCUAGAACACCUCUUCUGUUCUAUAAUGUAUUCUAGAACACCUCUUCUGUUCUAUAAUGUAUUCUAGAACACCUCUUCUGUUCUAUAAUGUAUUCUAGAACACCUCUUCUGUUCUAUAAUGUAUUCUAUAAUUCAUUCUAAGUAGUAUGUGACUGGAUAUAAGUAGAGCACCAGAUGGGUUUUUACAUAGGAACAAGUGUUUAUACUAGACUCUGGUACUCCACCAGAAACCUGAGAUUGAGAUUGUUCCAGAGUGCGAAUUACAGGGGGGGGAGGCUAAAUGCAACAAAGUCCAACUUUGGGGGAGGAGAGGGUCUCUAAAUAAUGCUAAUAGUAAUUUCCAUGUAAAAGGGCCCACGAGCACCAACAGGGCCCACGAGCACCAACAGGGCCCACGAGCACCAAUAGGGCCCACGAGCACCAAAAGGGCCCACGAGCACCAACAGGGCCCACGAGCACCAAUAGGGCCCACGAGCACUAACAGGGCCCACGAGCACCAAUAGGGCCCACGAGCACCAACAGGGCCCACGAGCACCAACAGGGCCCACGAGCACCAACAGGGCCCACGAUCACUGUCAUGAACCGGCUCGAAGCCCGUAACAAAAAGGGAGAAUGCAGGUGCUUCUACACCUGCAUUCUAGCUGUUUAGGGUUUUAGGCUGGGUCUCUGUACAGCACUUUGAGACAUUAGCUGAUGUACGAAGGGCUAUAUAAAAUAAACUUGAUUGAUUGAUUGAUUGAGACAACAUGGAGAUGAGGAAUAACUAAAAUAUAUUUAAUAACUGAAGUAACGUAAAUACAAUAAACAAUGGUGUGUGUAGUCAGUAGUCAGUAAUCAUUAGUCAGUAAUCAGUAGUCAGUAGUCAGUAGUCAGUAGUCAGUAAUCAGUAGUCAGUAAUCAGUAGUCAGUAGUCAGUAAUCAGUAGUCAGUAGUCAGUAAUCGGUAGUCAGUAGUCAGUAGUCAGUAAUCAGUAGUCAGUAAUCGGUAGUCAGUAAUCAGUAAUCAGUAGUCAGUAAUCAGUAAUCAGUAGUCAGUAAUCAGUAGUCAGUAAUCAGUAAUCAGUAAUCAGUAGUCAGUAAUCAGUAAUCAGUAGUCAGUAAUCAGUAAUCAGUAAUCAGUAAUCAGUAGUCAGUAAUCAGUAGUCAGUAAUCAGUAAUCAGUAGUCAGUAAUCAGUAAUCAGUAAUCAGUAGUCAGUAAUCAGUAAUCAGUAGUCAGUAAUCAGUAGUCAGUAAUCAGUAACGAGCACCAACAGGGCCCACGAGCACCAAUAGGGCCCACGAGCAUCAACAUGUUCAUAAAUGACCAGCAAGGUCAAAUAAUAAUAAUCACAGUGGUUGUCGAGGGUGCAACAGGUCAGCAGGUCAGGUAAAUGUCAGUUGGCUUUUCAUAGCCGAUCAUUCAGAGGUAGAGACGGCAGGUGUGGUAGAGAGAGGUAGAGACAGCAGGUGUGGUAGAGAGAGAGGUAGAGACAGCAGGUGCGGUAGAGAGAGAGAGAGGUAGAGACAGCAGGUGUGGUAGAGAGAGAGAGAGGUAGAGACGGCAGGUGCGGUAGAGAGAGAGAGAGGUAGAGACAGCAGGUGUGGUAGAGAGAGAGAGAGGUAGAGACGGCAGGUGCGGUAGAGAGAGAGAGAGGUAGAGACAGCAGGUGUGGUAGAUAGAGAGAGAGGUAGAGACAGCAGGUGUGGUAGAGAGAGAGAGAGGUAGAGACAGCAGGUGCAAUAGAGAGAGAGAGAUAGAGACGGCAGGUGCGGUAGAGAGAGAGAGAGGUAGAGACAGCAGGUGUGGUAGAGAGAUAGAGAGGUAGAGAGCAGGUGCGGUAGAGAGAGAGAGGUAGAGACAGCAGGUGUGGUAGAGAGAGAGAGAGAUAGAGACGGCAGGUGCGGUAGAGAGAGAGAGAGGUAGAGACAGCAGGUGUGGUAGAGAGAUAGAGAGGUAGAGACAGCAGGUGCAAUAGAGAGAGAGAGGUAGAGACAGCAGGUGUGGUAGAGAGAGAGGUAGAGACAGCAGGUGCGGUAGAGAGAGAGAGGUAGAGACAGCAGGUGCGGUAGAGAGAGAGGUAGAGACAGCAGGUGCAAUAGAGAGAGAGAGGUAGAGACAGCAGGUGUGGUAGAGAGAGAGAGGUAGAGACAGCAGGUGCGGUAGAGAAAGAGAGAGGUAGAGACAGCAGGUGUGGUAGAGAGAGAGAGGUAGAGACAGCAGGUGCGGUAGAGAGAGAGAGGUAGAGACAGCAGGUGUGGUAGAGAGAGAGGUAGAGACGGCAGGUGUGGUAGAGAGAGAGGUAGAGACAGCAGGUGCGGUAGAGAGAGAGAGAGGUAGAGACAGCAGGUGUGGUAGAGAGAGAGAGAGGUAGAGACGGCAGGUGCGGUAGAGAGAGAGAGAGGUAGAGACAGCAGGUGUGGUAGAGAGAGAGAGAGGUAGAGACGGCAGGUGCGGUAGAGAGAGAGAGAGGUAGAGACAGCAGGUGCGGUAGAGAGAGAGAGGUAGAGACAGCAGGUGUGGUAGAGAGAGAGAGAGGUAGAGACAGCAGGUGCGGUAGAGAGAGAGAGAGGUAGAGACAGCAGGUGCGGUAGAGAGAGAGAGGUAGAGACAGCAGGUGUGGUAGAGAGAGAGAGAGGUAGAGACAGCAGGUGUGGUAGAGAGAGAGAGGUAGAGACGGCAGGUGUGGUAGAGAGAGAGGUAGAGACAGCAGGUGUGGUAGAGAGAGAGGUAGAGACAGCAGGUGUGGUAGAGAGAGAGAGAGGUAGAGACAGCAGGUGUGGUAGAGAGAGAGAGAGGUAGAGACAGCAGGUGCGGUAGAGAGAGAGAGGUAGAGACAGCAGGUGCGGUAGAGAGAGAGAGGUAGAGACAGCAGGUGUGGUAGAGAGAGAGGUAGAGACAGCAGGUGUGGUAGAGAGAGAGAGGUAGAGACAGCAGGUGUGGUAGAGAGAGAGAGGUAGAGACAGCAGGUGUGGUAGAGAGAGAGAGAGGUAGAGACAGCAGGUGCGGUAGAGAGAGAGAGAGGUAGAGACGGCAGGUGUGGUAGAGAGAGAGAGGUAGAGACAGCAGGUGUGGUACAGAGAGAGGUAGAGACAGCAGGUGUGGUACAGAGAGAGGUAGAGACAGCAGGUGCGGUACAGAGAGAGGUAGAGACAGCAGGUGUGGUACAGAGAGAGGUAGAGACAGCAGGUGUGGUACAGAGAGAGGUAGAGACAGCAGGUGCGGUAGAGAGAGAGGUAGAGACAGCAGGUGUGGUACAGAGAGAGGUAGAGACAGCAGGUGCGGUAGAGAGAGAGAGAGGUAGAGACAGCAGGUGUGGUAGAGAGAGAGGUAGAGACAGCAGGUGUGGUAGAGAGAGAGAGGUAGAGACAGCAGGUGUGGUAGAGAGAGAGAGGUAGAGACAGCAGGUGCGGUAGAGAGAGAGAGAGGUAGAGACAGCAGGUGUGGUAGAGAGAGAGAGGUAGAGACAGCAGGUGUGGUAGAGAGAGAGAGGUAGAGACAGCAGGUGUGGUAGAGAGAGAGAGAGGUAGAGACAGCAGGUGCGGUAGAGAGAGAGGUAGAGACAGCAGGUGCGGUAGAGAGAGAGAGAGGUAGAGACAGCAGGUGUGGUAGAGAGAGAGAGAGGUAGAGACAGCAGGUGUGGUAGAGAGAGAGGUAGAGACAGCAGGUGUGGUAGAGAGAGAGGUAGAGACAGCAGGUGCGGUAGAGAGAGAGAGGUAGAGACAGCAGGUGUGGUAGAGAGAGGUAGAGACAGCAGGUGUGGUAGAGAGAGAGGUAGAGACGGCAGCUGCGGUAGAGAGAGAGAGAGGUAGAGACAGCAGGUGUGGUAGAGAGAUAGAGAGGUAGAGAGCAGGUGUGGUAGAGAGAGAGAGGUAGAGACAGCAGGUGUGGUAGAGAGAGAGAGAGGUAGAGACAGCAGGUGCGGUAGAGAGAGAGAGAGGUAGAGACGGCAGGUGUGGUAGAGAGAGAGAGGUAGAGACAGCAGGUGCGGUAGAGAGAGAGGUAGAGACAGCAGGUGCGGUAGAGAGAGAGAGGUAGAGACAGCAGGUGCGGUAGAGAGAGAGAGAGGUAGAGACAGCAGGUGUGGUAGAGAGAGAGAGGUAGAGACAGCAGGUGUGGUAGAGAGAGAGAGGUAGAGACAGCAGGUGUGGUAGAGAGAGAGAGAGAUAGAGACAGCAGGUGUGGUAGAGAGAGAGAGGUAGAGACAGCAGGUGUGGUAGAGAGAUAGAGAGGUAGAGAGCAGGUGCGGUAGAGAGAGAGAGGUAGAGACAGCAGGUGUGGUAGAGAGAGAGGUAGAGACAGCAGGUGUGGUAGAGAGAGAGAGGUAGAGACAGCAGGUGUGGUAGAGAGAGAGAGGUAGAGACAGCAGGUGUGGUAGAGAGAGAGGUAGAGACAGCAGGUGUGGUAGAGAGAGAGAGAGAUAGAGACGGCAGGUGCGGUAGAGAGAGAGAGAGGUAGAGACAGCAGGUGUGGUAGAGAGAUAGAGGUAGAGACAGCAGGUGUGGUAGAGAGAGAGAGAGAUAGAGACGGCAGGUGCGGUAGAGAGAGAGAGAGGUAGAGACAGCAGGUGUGGUAGAGAGAUAGAGAGGUAGAGAGCAGGUGCGGUAGAGAGAGAGAGGUAGAGACAGCAGGUGUGGUAGAGAGAGAGAGAGAUAGAGACGGCAGGUGCGGUAGAGAGAGAGAGAGGUAGAGACAGCAGGUGUGGUAGAGAGAUAGAGAGGUAGAGAGCAGGUGCGGUAGAGAGAGAGAGGUAGAGACAGCAGGUGUGGUAGAGAGAGAGGUAGAGACAGCAGGUGUGGUAGAGAGAGAUGUAGAGACAGCAGGUGCGGUAGAGAGAGAGAGGUAGAGACAGCAGGUGUGGUAGAGAGAGAGGUAGAGACAGCAGGUGCGGUAGAGAGAGAGAGGUAGAGACAGCAGGUGUGGUAGAGAGAGAGAGAGAUAGAGACGGCAGGUGCGGUAGAGAGAGAGAGAGGUAGAGACAGCAGGUGUGGUAGAGAGAUAGAGAGGUAGAGAGCAGGUGCGGUAGAGAGAGAGAGGUAGAGACAGCAGGUGUGGUAGAGAGAGAGGUAGAGACAGCAGGUGUGGUAGAGAGAGAUGUAGAGACAGCAGGUGCGGUAGAGAGAGAGAGGUAGAGACAGCAGGUGUGGUAGAGAGAGAGAGGUAGAGACAGCAGGUGUGGUAGAGAGAGAGAGAGGUAGAGACAGCAGGUGCGGUAGAGAGAGAGAGAGGUAGAGACAGCAGGUGUGGUAGAGAGAGAGGUAGAGACAGCAGGUGUGGUAGAGAGAGAGAGAGGUAGAGACAGCAGGUGUGGUAGAGAGAGAGAGAGGUAGAGACAGCAGGUGCGGUAGAGAGAGAGAGAGGUAGAGACAGCAGGUGUGGUAGAGAGAGAGGUAGAGACAGCAGGUGUGGUA